AUGAUGACAUCCAACAUAGUUGAGUCGAUAAAUUCAGCAAUACUUGCCACAAGAACACUGCCCAUUACUACAAUGAUGGAGAGUCUUUCAAGUUUGGUACAAAAAUGGGUUUGGACAAACGACAACGAAGCACACGGAACAUUCACCAAAGUUUCAACAGUGACAGAAAAAAUACUCAAAGACAACUUUAUUCAAGCAAGAAAAUAUGAGAUUACACCAGUCACAACCAUACUCUACCAAGUGAAUGUGCUAGAGAAAGGGAAAUUCCUGGUCAAUUUACUAGACAAAACAUGUGAAUGUAACCGGUUCCAGCAAGAUGAAAUCCCAUGUCCUCAUGCAAUAGCUGUAUUCUCAAAACGAGGAUUGCGAGUUUACGACUAUGUUGCGGACUACUACAAAACUGACGAAAUGAAAGCAACAUAUGACACAACAGUAAACCCAUUACCAAAUGAAAGUGAGUGGACACUGCCUGAGAGCUUGGAAAUGAUAGUCCUACCCCCAAACACAAAAAAGAGUGCAGGGAGACCUAGGAGGAGAAGAAUAAGUUCAAAAGGAGAGCCAAAAGUACAACUAAAGUGUGGACGUUGCAAGAAGACAAAGCACAACAGAAAAACAUGCACUAAUCCAGCUCUACCACCAAAGCAACAAGAACCAAAACAAUCAAGGCGCAAGAAAGCAAAUACACAAUAA